AUGAGUGUGUACCAUGAUGAAGUCGAAAUCGAAGAUUUCGAGUACGACGAAGAGGAGGAGAUGUACUACUAUCCUUGCCCGUGCGGUGACCGAUUCCAGAUCAGCCGCGAAGAGUUGAUAGCGGGUGAGGAGGUAGCCACCUGUCCGAGCUGCUCGCUAAUAGUGAAGGUGAUUUACGACCCGGAAACGUUUGCCGCGGAGCAGGAUGAAGCGGAAACGGCCACCGGCAGCAAAGUGACUGAACAACAGUUGGAAAAGAACUAA